CGGAAAUUGAUCACGAUCCUUCAUAGUGGCAUCAAGGGGAAAUGAACUCGGAAAUUGGCCGACAAAACGCCAUCAUCACAUCCAUCUUUGAGCAUUCCAUACUUACCCCUAUAAAAAGUGUCGGAUGGAAUACUUCGCCUUAACUUGCAAUUCCACUAUCAAGCGAACAUCCAGAGCUGCCAUAAACCAUGCAACCAACUUCAGUCCUCAUUUUCACCUUUCUCCUGGCUAUAGAGGGGUUCAUUUCCUCUGUAUCCGCCUCUUGCUUCCCCAGCGCCCAGAAUGAAACCAUUGGGUUCUUCAGUAAAGCACCUCUGGCCUAUGGAUACACUCAUUUAUCGCCAUCUGAAUGUGCUAAUGAAUGCGACAGCAUGAGCACCUGCCAAGCAUGGCUUUUUAUCGUCAAUGCGAAGGAAUGCCAGUUCUAUCGUUCAGCUCCUGUGGCGCAGGCAAAGAGUGCAGGUUUCAUUAUGGGAUCGUGUGAUACAAAUGGCACUCGAGCGACUGAAUCGACAUCAAAAGUGCCUCUACCAGCUUCCUCCUCUUCUACGGUACCUGGUUCACAGACUGCCCAGUCCUCCCCAUCCAACAUCCCAGGACAUACAACCCAUCUGAACCAGCACAAGCGUGGUCAUCAUCACCUUCAUCAUCGACAAGACUAGUGAGAUCACAGUGAGCGACCUCUCGUUCAGCUUAUACUGGUAAGGUGAUGGUGGCUCCGGGGGUGAGCGGGUUUUAUACUUAUAUAACACACAGGGGCGUCCACGGGUGCUCGGUUUUACCCAGUGAGCAAAAAGCGGCGAGGGGUGAGCACUAAAGUGGAAAGGGAAAGCCAUGCCUUGUGGCCUAAAAUCCGGUGAUAUGUACUCCAUGGCUUCCGGAAUUGCCUAUUGUGGAAUGGGACUUCUACUGGAUACUACAACAUACGGUAGAUUUAAUGUGCUCAAUUGUUCUCUGGACUCCUCUAUACGACAAGUAUUAUUAGUAUUACUAUUAAAUA